GGAACCGGAAGUGCUCGCCCGCACUUCUGCUAAGCCAGAACUGGCUUAGUUGCUCACUGAGACUUCUUUCUGGCGCCGCUGGUUCGGUGAGCGCUGGUUGCCGAGGGUUUCGGUCCCAACUGCUGUCAGUAGUGAUCCAGCCAUCCCCAGUCUGCGCGGUCGGAGUUCCCUGCCUCCACUGCAGAACGGAACCAUGGAAGACAAACCACUGGUGGUAUCUAAACAGAAGACAGAAGUGGUAUGCGGUGUGCCCACCCAGGUGGUCUGCACCGCCUUCAGCAGCCACAUCCUGGUUGUAGUGACCCAAUUCGGGAAGAUGGGUACCCUAGUCUCCUUGGAGCCCAGCAAUGUGGCCAAUGACAUCAGCAACCCAGUGCUCACCACAAAAGUCCUCCUUGGGCAGGACGAGCCUCUCAUCCAUGUCUUCGCAAAGAACCUGGUAGCAUUUGUGUCGCAAGAAGCAGGAAACAGAGCCGUCCUCCUGGCCAUGGCCGUGAAGGACAAGAGUAUGGAGAGGCUCAAGGCCCUGAAGGAAGUGAUCCGGCUGUGCCAGGUGUGGUGACCUGCAGUCAGCAGUGCUAGACACUCAGACGUGUAGAUGCUCGGUGACUGGGGUCUCUGCGACCCAUCUUUCCAGCGCCAGGACAGAGCUCAUUCUCUGCCUUUAGCCCUCGAAGCUGGAAACAGCACUCAGGUCUCAGGGGACUCUCUCUGCGUGGCUCCUGUGUUCUGCCUGGGGCACUGGAAACGGUUCUGGACUGCAUGCAGCAGGUGCAUCCACUGAGUGGAAAUCAACAGUCAGUUAUGGGGAUUGGUAACCCUGGGUAACAAGUGCGGAAGCACUUGUCGGAAGAUUUUUUAAUUAUUAUUAAAAAUAAAUCUAAAAUACUUGG